AUGGCCUCGUCAUUAACGGGAAAUCUCAGUCCAGGCGAGAAGCAUAGGUCUCCCAGCCCAAGGUCUGAGUUCUUAGCCAUCCCGGAAUUUGGUUCUCCCAAUUACAACACAUCGGCCUCGAGUCCCACAAGCCUUUCAGUGCCCGGAUCUUGGUGGGGAUUCGGUUCUACUGGGACAGGGGGCGCUGCUGACUGUAGACGAACAAGCAGCGCUGCGUCGUCCAUCUUUGACCUCAGCGCCGAGUGUGAGCAGUUGGAGAGAGCUCUGAAAGACAACGACGUCAAUACAGUCAAGAAGUUAUUGCAGCUUCAUCACGGACGUUUUCCUCUGGACGUGCAUGCCAGUUUCCUGGACAAGUCAAGCUGUGACUCGCACAGUCGACGACAAAGUCAUGUCAGCCAAGACGUUGAGAUUCUUCUCAGAAAGAGCCAGACGCUCAUCGAUUCCUUGGAGAGGCACAGAGACAGUGAGGCUACAGAGGAUGCGCCAAAUAUAUUUAG